UUUUCUUAACCUCAAAACCUAUAGAUAAUAGGUAGUUUAAUAACACUAAAUUACUACGUUGAAAAUUUACAAUUUCACAAAAUGUAUCAUUGAAACAUGUAGUAAUAUUUUACUGGUGUGAUAUAUAUUGGUGGCACUGAAAAGGGCUCAAGAAAAAUUGGUUGUUGUUGAAUAAUAAACUCGAAUGAAAUUUCAAAAUACAUGACGGCCUACGAUUACCUUAGCGGGCCAUACACUAUCAUUCAAAGAAUGACAAUCGUCAUGAAUGACAGUUCGACUGAUGACUGAUGGUUGCCAUACACAAACAACUUAUGGUCAAUCAAGACUGACAGUUCUCAUUUAUUCUACACUGCAGUUUGUGUUUAAUUUAUUCUCUCUAUACUGUUUAAUUAUCUUACUAAUUUUACCAGUUUUAAAUAAAAAUUCUUUUUUAAUUUUUCACUAUUUUUAUUACAAUGGACGAAGAUGCUCGUGUCGCUAUUGCAAUACAUCUAGCAUUUGAAAAAAACAAGAAAAAAAAGAAAAAAGAUUCUGGAUGAAAUAAUGAUUUAAGAAGAGACAUACAUUUUCUCAUCAUAAUCUACUUGACGAAUUGCGCUUAUCAUCUCCAUCCGACUAUAAAAAUUAUCUUCGUAUGGACAAUUCAACAUUUUCAGAAUUAUUGGAAAUGGUUACACCAUUUAUUUUUAAAAGAAACACUCAUCUGAGAGAAGCUAUACCACCAAGCCAACGUUUAUCAUGCACUCUAAGAUUUUUAGCUACUGGUGCAAACUUUGAAGAACUCAAGUUUAUUACAGCAAUUUCACCUCAAUCAAUUGGAAGAAUUGUAGUUGAAACAUGUGAAGCUAUUACAUUAGUAUUAAAAAAUAAUAUCAGAAUUCCAGCAUCCGAAGAUGAGUGGAAAGCAACAUCAGAAGAGUUUGAAAAAAAUUGGAAUUUUAAUCAUUGCUUGGGCGCAAUUGUCGGCAAACACAUAGACAUUACGAAACUUCAAGAAUCUGGCUCUUAUUAUUUCAACUAUAAGAAUAAUUUUAGCAUUGUUUUAAUGGCAGUUUGUAAUGCCAACUACGAGUUCCUUGUGGUAGAUAUUGGCUCCAAUGGAAGAGUAUCUGAUGGUGGAGUAUUUUCAAAUACAUUGUUUUGUGAGCAUCUUCAAGAAAAUAAACUGAAGUUACCUAAACUUGAUUAUUUACCCGGAAUUAAUUGCAAAAUUCCCUACAUCUUCAUGGCUGAUGAUGCUUUUCCAUUGUCCGAUAAUUUGAUGAAACCUUACUCACAAAGAAAUCUAAUAAAAGAAAAACGAAUUUUGAACUAUAGACUGUCAAGAGCCCGAAGAGUAAUUGAAAAUUCAUUUGGAAUACUUUUAUCAAGAUUCAGAAUACUUUUGAAAACUAUCAAUCUCAGUCCUGAAAAAGCUACAAUAAUUGUCCGAGCUUGUUGUCAUCAACAUAAUUAUUUACAAAGAAAAAAAAUGGAUAUUUUUUUACAAGAAAGUUUUGAUACAGAAAAUAUAUUGACAGGAGAAGUUGAACCAGGAAGUUGGAGAAGUGAAAAUCGUAAUUUAACUGAGCUACAACAUGCAAAAAGUCGAAACUCGCAUUCAACUGCCAAAGAAAUUAGGGAUCAAUUUCGUCAUUAUUUCAAUACUAGCGGAGCGGUUCAUUGGCAAGAUAAUAUGAUUUAGAUAUAAAUAUCAUUUAAUACACAGUUAUAAUAUUAAUAAUAUUAUUC